GACAUCUCAAUCAGUGUUGAUUUGUAUUCAACUAGUUUUUAGAGGGAGGACAAAGACAACCUGUACGAUAUUAUCACGAUGUGUUUUGUUUGACCAGAAUUAGUAAUAGCUAGCACCAUGCCGUGCGAACGUUUCUUUUCAACAACAAAUAAUAUAUAUAUAAUGUUAAACUAGUAAACGCAAACGAAGACCACGCUAGUUGGCUAGGUUAUCAACCUCAUUUGAAUUUCAGUUGGAGGUUUUAGAGUGUCAGCCAGGUUGUUAACAGAACAGGUAGCUAGCUAAACUAGCUAAGUUAAUUCCGACAGAACAAGCAACUAGCUGACGUUAACUGGCUAAAGUGAGGGAAUUUCUACUUUUUAUAACUACGGAAUAACACGACACAGAUUUGAAGAUGGUGAAAAUAUUCAUAGGCAAUCUUGACUCCGACACCACCGUGGACGAGCUACGCACUCUCUUCUCCCAGUAUGGCAAGAUCUCAGAGUGCGACAUCGUCAAGAACUUUGGCUUUGUGCACAUGAACGACAAAGCCGAAGCGGAGGAGGCAAUCAAGAACCUUCACCACCAUGAGCUCAACGGGGAGCAAAUGAACGUGGAGAUGAGCCGCGGCAGACCAAAGUCCACCACCAAGCUGCAUGUCAGCAACAUCCCAGAGGGUUGCACCAACGAGGAGCUGAAGACCAAGUUUGAGGAGUAUGGCCCUGUGGUGGAGGCUGACAUAGUGAAAGACUAUGCAUUUGUCCACAUGGAGUCUGUGGAUGAUGCCAUGGAGGCCAUCAGUGGGCUGGACAACACAGCCUUCCAAGGCAAGCUGAUGAGCGUGCAUCUGUCCACCAGUCGCCUGCGCACGAUCCCGGGAAUGGGAGCUCAAACCGGCUGCUAUGUCUGCGGGAAACAGGGUCACUGGUCGAAAGAUUGCCCGAACGGCGGUCAGAACGGCGGUAGCUAUGGUGACCGUGGUGAACGCCCCAGGGGUGGCCUAAUGAUGGGCCACGGCAGGGGUUUCCCACGGGGUCCCCCAGGUUUCAGCAGGAGUUCCGAAAGAUACCCGAGUGGCUACGGGAUGCCCCCAAGAGCUGCGGAAUCCUAUUACAUGGGCAGGCUAGGGUAUAGCAGAGCGUCCAGUUAUCUGGGGGGGCCGCCUCUUCCCCCUUUGAGCCGUAGGCCUAGCUAUGGCUCUGCUCGGGAGUACAGCGCCGAUGCCAGGGAUCGGUACAGCGGCAGGCUACCGAGCUCUUAUCCCGAGAGGGUAUCGGCCUAUGAGCGAGACCGUUACAGCAGCCAUGUUGACUAUUAUGAGAAGUACAGGGCACGGCCAUACGGCUCGAGCUAUUUUGAAGAGCGCCGCCUGGGCUAUAUCCCCCCUCCCCCCUCUUCCUCCCUCUCAAGGCUCUCCUCUAGUGUCGACCCGUACGAGCGUCGCCCGCUACCACCAUCCUCGGCGGCCGCCUCGUACUACUUGCGAGACCGCAGCCCGAUCAGACGAGUGCCUGUCACCUCUGACAGCUAUGGUUAUGAGCGUUCACGGCUGUCCCCGGUGUCGUCCUCCAGAAGCUCCUCGUACGCCGUCCCACAGGCCAGGGACCCUUACACCGAUCGGACACGCUAUGCUUACUGAGCUACAUACUGCCAAGGUGUGUAUGACUCGCCAGACUUUUCCUUUGCUACCAUUCCUCCUCCGAGCUGCAUGGUUCCAUCGAGCUGUGCCACGUGCCGCAAACAAACCUUUCGUGACUCGGAAUGUGAUGGCACGAGAAUGACGCAGGCGGAAAUCGGCAUGUGCAUCUUCCUGGCACCUGUGUGCCAGCCGUCGGCAGAUGAAUCUUCAUCUCAACUGACUAAUCAAUCCAUAUUCAAGUCAACAUACUUCCUUUAUUUACAGUUGUCACUUACAAGGACACUUAGCUAUCUGGAACCACAGGUCUGGCACUGUGUGUGUGAUGUUAAUACUAGCUUAACUAUACCGGCUUUCCACUCGCUUUGUUUCUUUUUAUUUAUUUUUAUGCAUCUUUUUAUUUUUAAGAUUCUCCUCAAAGCAAAUUGGCCACUGAAUUUGGCGUAUUGAGGUGACCAUAGUUUAGAGACAUUUGUCUUACUUGAGGAAUAUUUUUCAUUCAUUUAAUUGUUUUCAGCUAUUAAUUACAAAUUAUAAUCUCAUUCAUGCCAUGUAUAGCGCAGUAAUUCAACCACAUUUUUGUUUUGAAAUUUCCCCAGUAAUACACCAUUUUAAGAAUAGACCGGUAUGAAUAUUUGUCAAAUUCAUGCACUGGCUUUGAGAACGUUCAUGUACAUCUGUUUUCUUAAGAGGACAUUCCACUUAGUGUUGAGGAAAUCCUCGUCAUACUGCUUUUGCUUAGAGUUGCUAUCGGCUGUAACGGUGACAUCCGUAUCCCAAAACAAACUUUCCAAUUUGUGUCAGUUGAUUUGGUUCAUCAAUAAUAUCUGCAUAGGUCUCCUAACUAAAAAGAAGCAUUCAGUUUGUACUAAUUUGAACAGUGUGCAUAGCACAUAUAGAUUCAUACACCGCCAAAUGUACUCUUCUUGCGUAAUUCGGGAAGGCCCAAUCUGAUAUACACCAAUUCAAGAGGAUAUAGCAAUAUAUUAAAUAUUGUUUUCUAACAAUCUUAAGUUUUAAUAAAUCAAAUUCACCUGUGUUCAUUGAAUAUUCAUUGCUACUCAACAUAAACAUGUUCAAUACAGCAAAUAACAUGAGCAUAACUCAGGGCUAUGACAUAAUCAUUAAGGUAAGGGGCUCUUGUCUUAAUAAUCACUUUCUAUGGGUGCCUUUUAUAGCUAAGCUAUUUUGGGAAUUGUUGUAGUUUGUAUUUUUCCUAAAUCCAAGCGUGUACGUUUUUCGCAUUUUAUUUUUUAAUAAACCAAGUAUUUUGGUGCGAA